GAGAAAGAAGGAGGCUGCAUCAUGACCAGUCAUAAGUGCUGGGGAUACGGGCAGAAGGACGGACCCGCUCAGUGGCACACGGUCUACCCCAUUGCCCAAGGAAACCGUCAAUCCCCAAUUGACAUAGAUUCAAAGCAAGCCAUUUUCGACCCCUGUUUGAAGCCUUUCCGGGUUUCGUAUGAAUUGUGUGCAUCUCUUGAGCUCUCCAACAAUGGACACUCGGUCACGGUGGACUUUAAGGAUGUUGAUGACAAGGCAGUGGUAAGCGGAGGGCCACUGGAAGAUCCUUACAGACUAAAACAGUUCCAUUUUCACUGGGGGAAAAACCGUGGUUGCGGAUCAGAGCACACCAUUGAUGGCAAGCCUUUUCCUUGUGAGCUCCACUUAGUUCACUGGAACGCCAGGAAAUAUGGAACCUUUGGAGAGGCAGCGGAGGCUCCAGAUGGCCUAGCCGUGGUUGGCAUCUUCUUAGAGAUUGGGAAAGAACAUGCUGGUAUAAACAGAAUAACAGAUGCCUUGUACAUGGUCAAAUACAAAGGAACAAAGGCUAAGUUUAAGUGCUUCAACCCGAGAAGUCUCCUGCCCUCUUGUCUAGAUUACUGGACAUAUCCUGGAUCUUUGACAACCCCUCCCCUUAAUGAGAGUGUGACUUGGAUAGUCCUGAAGGAUGCCAUUAGGAUAUCUGAAAAACAGAUGGGGAAAUUCCGAACCCUCCUCUUUACCACUGAGGAAGAUGAAAGGAUCCACAUGGUGAAUAACUUUCGCCCCCCGCAGCCUCUCAAGGGAAGAGUCGUACGUGCAUCUUUCAAGGUUUAAAUUAUCGCAAGUGAACUUCAAACAAUCCAAAGUGCUUCAGUAUCUGCAAGAACUGGAUAAUUGGGCCUCAGAUUAGAUCUCCAGAUCAAAAGGGACCAUGGGGCAUUAAAAGCAUUUGAUCCAAGCACAGAUUAAAUUAGGAUAGCGGUUAAAACCCUUAUGGCAGAUACGUGCUCAUUCUAACCCACGUUUCCUCUCAGGAAGUCAUUUGGCUUCCAGAGAACUUCAGCUUUUAUUUCCUAAAGGAACAUUUCUAGCCUUCCUGGUGACAGAAGGAAGCUUUUUUUAAAAAAAUAUAGGUACUGUUGAGGUCUCAGAAACUCAACAAAAGCUUCAACAGGGUCUCUAGAAGCCACAACAAGAGGUUUGGGUCAACGACCACCUCCGCCAAUGCUUUCCAUUCUCUUGACAGAAGUUCUUAAUCUGAACUCUGAGAUAAACCAGAUAUGGUUGUUGAAACAAAUGGUGCAAGCCCAGCAUGUCAAACUGCAGCUGGCAAGAUUCCUAUUGCCUGAAAACAAGCACAUUUACUUGGAAAUCUUGUCCCAGUCUGUUCAGUGGGGUGUAUUCCUAGAGAAAUGUGCAUAGAACUGUGACCAGUUGGUUUGCAGUUCAGGCCUACACCCGGUUACUUAUGGAUUUAGAAGGGCGUAACUCUGUUUAGGAUUGUCCUGCUGGAUAACUGGGUGUUGCCAAUGGUAGCAGUUUUAUUGGUCUCACAGUAUAAGGGCCGGCAGAUUCAGACAUGGAAAGGGGAGAUCGACCCACAUGCUAUUGCAAAGGCAUAGCAUAAGAAGAGCCAUUCUGGAUGAGAGCAAAGGCCAGUCUAGACCAGCACUGUGUUCACACACCGGCUGAUCAGCUGCUUCCAGGAGUCCCACAAGUGAAUCAACUGCAACAGCAUUCUCCUGCCUGGCUCCCCAGCAACUGAUAUAAGGAGGUAUACUACCUCUGGAGGCAUUAGAUAUCCAUUAGUAGUAGUAGUCAUUGAUAACCCCAUUCUCCAAUUCUUUGUCCACUCUUUUUUAAGUUGGCGUCCGUAACUAUAUACUGUGCAGUGAGUUCCUCAGUUUAUCUAUAUGCUAUGUGAAGAAAUACUUCCUUUUGUCUGUCCUAAAUCUGUCCCAUCAGUUUCAGUGGAUGACUCCAAGUUCUACUGUUAACAGCAUCAGCCUCCAGGACCCAUUUACACUGGUGUAAUCCUCUGGCAAGAACACUAUGAACUGCAAUAAAGAAUCAUCUAGAAUAAAGACCAGUGAAUAGUAGAAAGUAAUUUGGGAAGCCAGAAUGAAAAGCCCUGCAGUUUUCCUAAUGAAAGUGAAUGGUUCAAGGUAUAUUUUUACAAUCUUGUGCAUUUAAUACCUAUACCUUGGUCAUUGCUGUAGCUAUAAAAGGAAAGAAUGUUUUACUUGAUCCAAGUUACUGUGUGGUUUGCUGCCCUUGACUGAGCUCCAUUGCUCUAAGAAAUGCAUAUCCUUGUUUGAGCUGACACUCUUAAAAAUUGCUUCUUGGUGAUUUAAACUUAUUAUAAAAUUGACUUUGAAUCUUUUGAGGAGAGCACCCUACAACUUGUAUCUACACUGGCUGAGCUUCCUCUAAGUCUACACAAUUGAUGGGAUAAUACCAUUCCAUCCUUGCCUUCCUUUUCGCAGAAGAAAUGAGAAAUGGCAUUGGAACAGUAUUGGAUGGUGUAUUGGUUAAGAGCAAGUGGGUUCUAAACUGGAGAACUGGAUUUGAUUCCCCACUCCUCUACCU